UUGUCCAUUGCAGUGCAUGCCUCCCUCCACACGGUGGUGUACCAAGUAAAAGAAACAAAAACAAAACAAAACAAAAAACCGGAGACAGCAGCUUCUAUCGUCCUGCAUAGGCAGGUUUUAACGCUGGGUUAUCAAAGCGGAUCCAUCAAACUGGUUUAAAUGAAAUGGACAACUCAGCUGAGGUCCUUCAGAGGAAACAGCAUUUAGUCAAGGAAGAAGAGACUGCAAACAUCGACACACAGCUGCCCAAUCAACAUAUGCAGUCUCCAGAGGAUAACCCACUUCUAACUGAGGACAGUCAAGCUACAGUCCAGGAUCCACAGCUUCCAAAUGAAGAUAUUCAGCCACCUGAGGAAAUCUCACCUUCAGCUGAGGACACCCAGACACCAAAUGCCCAGCCUCCAGAUGGUGUACAGUCUUCAAAUGAAGAUACACAGUCUACAAAAGAAAAUGCAAAGAACAGGACAGAAUAUUCAAGUUAUUCUCCAGAGAGCCCAAAAAAAAAUUCUCAAAAGAAAAGAGGAGUAUCUUAUCGAAGGCAGUGGAAAGCUAAUUAUGACUGGGUUAGAGAAAGCGAAAAAGGAAAGUCCAGAAUUUUUUGUAACAUCUGCAGUUGUGACUUGUUGAUCAAGCACGGUGGUCAGAGCGAUAUCCACCGCCACAGCAUUACAAUGAAGCAUCAGCGAUUUACCAGGAAGAAGCGGGCGGCAGACCAACUUACCCAGACUGCCUCUGCCGUCCUCCAAGCAGAGGCUGCUUUCGUCAAUAUGCUGGCAGAACAUAACAUAUCAUUUUCAGCUGGCAACAACAUCCUGAAAUUCAUCAAACAGUACUGCACAGACCUGAAAGUUAUUAAGGAUCUGAACUGUUCUUUAAUGCAGUCCUACACUGGAGAUGACAAAGUAACUACAGGUGUUAGAGAUGUUGUGGUGGAACCAGAACCUCAAAAUGACGUAGCUGCUGUCUGUCGUCGGGUUCCCUUUUAUGUUUCUUUAAGCCGGAGUACCAAGGGACUAGGAGAGGAUAAACUAUUUAUAUUAGUGGGAUUUUUUGAUGAAAACUUGGGGAGAAAUGUUGUUCAGUAUCUAAAUGUGUCUGACCAUGUGUCUGUUACUGGGCAGGCGAUGUUUGACUUUCUGAUGGAGACAUUCAAGAAGUUUGAUAUACCGUCAGACAACAUAGUGGCUUUCUCUUCAGAUAACGUGCCACCAAUGAUAGACGUGAACGAUUCAGUAAUUUCCAGGUUAAAGCAAAUAAACCCAAACAUCAUAAAUAUUGGCUACCUGUUCAAUCUUCCAGACCUUGCCUGUAAAUCUGGGAUUCAAGCAUUAUCAGCACCAAUCGAGGAACUGAUUUCUGAUAUUUACUAUCAUUUUUUCCAUAUUUCACAGCAGGAGCCAUUGGGUUUUGCUCUGUUUGAUGAAGAGCCUUGCAUCGUCACUGAUGAUUUGCUGGGUUUCUGUAAAGCAAUCAAGAAAAUGUUGGAGCUUUGGCCUGAUCUACUUUCAUUCUUUCUUUCAUACUCACCCCAGACUUCCAAGGUCCAACUAAUCUGUGAACGGCUGCAGUGCGUGGAGCUCAGGUUGCUAUUUAUGUUUCUCAAACAAGCUGUGGAGCCGCUGAAUCAGUUUAGGCAGAGGUUAGGUAAUGGGGAGAGUCAGCUUAUGACCCUACAGAGGGACCUGAGUGGAAUCGUCAGGAUCUAUGCUGGCAGACUGCUACUUCCUGGUGCUGCCAUUAACAUAUUAAAGAGUGGUGAUGUCCAACUUCUGAAUAACACAGGAAAUUUCUUACCACCAAAUGAGGUGCGUGUUGGGCCAGAAGUGGAACGCUAUCUGAAAGAUCAGGGAGAUGACGUUAGUGUUUCUGCAUACAAAAGCAGAUUCUUUGAAAAAGUCAGUUUAUUCUAUGCUGCUGUGCUAGAAAAGAUGCUUAAGAAACUAGAGCUAAAUGAUAAAUUCCUCAAAGACAUAGCCACCUUGCUGAAUCCUGCCUACAAGCUAAAGGUGUCCAAGGGAACGGUGAUGGAUAUAGCCUCCCAACUUGGAGUUUGCAAUGCCAGUGAUGGUUACCAGCUGAAGGAUGAAUUCUCCUUGUACCAACUUUCUGAUGCAUGUUCAAUACAGCAGUCUGAUAAAACUGGUGCAUCUGUAUUGCGAUAUUGGAGUGGUGUUUUAAAGGACUGCUGUGGAUCAGAGGAGCAGGUACCACUCUUCAGGAGACUUAUCUUGACACUGUUAUGUCUGCUGCACUCCAAUAUUGAACAACAAAAGCAGGCGUUCACCCUAGUGAGAGAAACAUACACCAAAACUAACCAGGCCAUCAACUUAAAAUCUCAAAAUGCAGUUCUGUCUGGUAAAAGAGAAGAUGAUAGCAAUAUCCUUGAGGAAGAGCAACAUAAACAAAUCAAUACCCUUAUAAAACAAAAUUAAACUAGUUCUGUAACAGCUACGGUUGCAACAGUUAGGAUUUUCACAAUCCGAAAUGAAACCGACAUUUUCAUAAACUUUCAAAAUGAACGAUACAGAUAAAAGAGAAAACCCACUGAACCUGAUACCGACAUUCAUACAAUGAAAAAGUGCUGCCAUUCGUAGCAUACAGUUGGCGCCAUUUUUGGGAACUCAUUGUGCAAUUUGCUGCAUGUAGAAGGUUUAUAUCAACAUCCCUUAAUACUUUUAAUAUGGUAACUUAAAUCAAAAGUUAUGACUAGACUUACCUGAUUUGAUUCUGACAGCCCACAGUAGGGAUAAUCGUGGCUUCAUACAUAGUCUGGGUGUUCAGAUGUCCAGGGCUGCUUUCUUUCAGGGUCGCUAAAGUGGUUAGUUGAUGAGUGUUAGUACUAACCUUUGUUAAAAAUGCAUCAUAUGAAAUAAAAGCUGAAGCGGGAAGUUGUUGACUCUCUCAUGCCUGUUAGUUUCCGUUUGUAGACCUAAUUUACAACAGAAAUUUUACAAAUGAAAAAAGCAUUCAAUAAAAAUAAAAUGUUAGUUGAGGUCCUGGGCGAAGCUGCCAACGAGCAAAAGGGAUGCUGCGGACAUGGGCAUCUUCAUCCGAAACCAACUUGGUUGUAAUUUGAGGAAGACUGUCAUUACAAAAUUGUCUGAAUUGAAAGGGUGCUGUAGCUGCCUGGAGUCUUAGUGCAAAUAUCUGGAUGCUGCUUUAAAUUACAUGUUUCUGUGAGGAGGUCUAUAUAUUUUUUAUAAAGUACAGUAAUCCGUCGUGUAUCUGCCUGUCACAUAUUCACCCUAACCGUUUAUCUGCCACGAUCAACCUCUUCAUCAACAUUAGUUUAUUAUAAUUUGUUGUUUUAUUAUUAUUAUUUGUUUAUUUAGCAGACGCCUUUAUCCAGUCGACUUACAGAGACUAGGGUGUGUGAGCUAUGCAUCAGCUGCAGAGUCACUUACAACAACGUCUGACCCGAAAGAUGGAGCACAAGGAGGUGAAGUGACUUGCUCAGAGUCACCACAGUGAGUGAGUAAGCUGGAAUUUGAACCGGGGGACCUCCAGGUUACAAGAACUUUUCUUUAACCACUGGACCACACAGCCAGAGAAGAUUAGUUCAGAUAUUGUAGAUCCUACCAAAGUUUUCAUACACUGUGAUGUAUAUGCUCUGUGCACUGCCAUUGCUGGUAGUGUCACGUGAGCUGUUCAUUGUGUUGACUUGAUAUGUAAUAAAUCAUGUACGCCUGCGUAUAAACUUCAACCUCCUUCUCGAUCUCCUGCCUGUCACUCAACAGUGAAUACACGCACCCACACAGCUGACAGCUACAAACAUUAAUACCCUAUAUCUUUCUAAACAAGGGAUUUAGGGGAGCUCCCUAAUAAAAGCUGAAUAUCAAAACAAUAAUUGUGUGAAUUUAGUAAUUGUUACAGCUGUGUCUAAUGGUAUUUAAAACAAGAUUCAUUCAUCUGACUUUUUACAUAUCCGCCCUUACUUUGGUCCCACUGCAGUUGGAUAUGCGACGGAUUACUGUAUUUUAAUUUACUCUCCAUGUAUUGAAACUUGUUUAAUUUGUCUGAUUACUUUAUUGCUGCAUUCUAUUGAUACAUUGAUUGAAUUUAAGUGUAAAGGGCUUUUCCGUAGAGUUAUACGUACUAUAGUAAAAGGCUAUAAUAAACCAUAAUAUUAAACACGAAUUAGUUUGUUUUUGGGGUGGUACCAGUUAAACAGAAAAAAAGUUUACUGUCUGUUAAUACAAUUGUAUUCUUUCUAAAUUAUGUCUAAUUUUAUAAUACAUUAGUAUGAAUGAUAGGGUUGUAAUGGUAAAUUUUGACUUUCAAAGGUUCGGAACACAUUACCGAAGGAAGCAGGGCCGGAUUAACCUAUACACAAAUAGUGCAGGGCUAUAGUGCAGGGCUCCCAGCAGAACUGGGGCCCCCGCGAGGUCGUCGUUUGUUUGGGACAUUUUACAAAAACUGCAUGCGGACGGACGGGCCCACACACACAGGAAGAGAGGCGCACAGAAGCUUGCUUUCAGUUAACUUUAAACUCAGCCCUAUUUCCACCUGUUUUUCACUGUUUUCAUUUACGUAUGUUUAACUACUGGAUAGUUUGUGUUGCAUGAUGUCACCUAUAUCAAAUAAAAGGCCACACAAUUUCCUUUCAUAGUAUAUAAGUUGCAACAGGAUCAGUCAUACUAUGUGUGGUAGAGAUGAGAAUAUAUUUUUAAAAAAAUUCCAAAAAAAUCAUGUUUUGAAAUCAUAUUUUGUAAUCAUAGAUGGCUCAAAAAAACACUGCACCAUUAAACUUCAAUAUGAAAUGAACAUGAAAUUAAGCAAACUGAAAAACAACUCACAACUCUAUCUCUCACUCUGUCUCUCUCUCUCUCUCUAGUCUGUAGCAACCUAGCUAGGCAACCAAUGCCUAAGCCUGCCCUUUAAGAAGAUAUCUAAUCCGAUUGGCUGGGCUUUGUGUUUUUUGAGUUACAGCACUGAAAUACACCCACCGAUCUGACGCGUCUCACAGGACAUUGUUGACACAUUGCAUUCUGGAGGCUGUAGUUUUCUCUUUGAACUACGUAUUUGGUAUUGUUCGAAAGCUGAGAUUCUAAACUUUCCAACGAUACAACCCUCUUCCGGCUGGUUGAGAAGGAGUUUCAACAUUUUGAGUGCUGAGUGCCAGCACUUUGUUACAGGAAGUGCUGAGAGUUCCAGCACUCUGCUAUAGGAAGUGCUGAGAGUGCCAGCACUCUGCUACAGGAAAUGCUGAGAGUGCCAGCACUGCUACAGGAAGUGCUGAGAGUGCCAGCCCUCUGUUACAGGAUGUGCUGAGAGUGCCAGCACUCUGCUACAGGAAGUGCUGAGAGUGCCAGCACUCUGUUACAGGAUGUGCUGAGAGUGCCAGCACUGCUACAGGAAGUGCUGAGAGUGCCAGCCCUCUGUUACAGGAUGUGCUGAGAGUGCCAGCACUGCUACAGGAAGUGCUGAGUGCCAGCACUCUGCUACAGGAAGUCAUAAUUAAUCCACAUGUACACUGAGUGUACAAAACAUUAGGAACACCUUCCUAAUAUUGAGUUGCACCCCCUUUUGCCAUCAGAACAGCCUCAAUUCGUCGGGGCAUGGACUCUACAAGGUUCCACAGGGAUGCUGGCCCAUGUUGAUUCCAGUGCUUCCCACAGUUGUGUCAAGUUGGCUGGAAGUGAUUCUCUACUGCGAAUAGCUCAUUUCCAUCUCAUCCCACAGAUGCUCAAUUGGAUUGAGAUCUGGUGACUGGGCAGGCCACUGCAGUAAGCUGAAUUCACUGUCAUGUUCAUGGAACCAUUCCUGGACAAUCCUAGCCUUGUGGCAUGGGGCAUUAUCAUGCUGAAAAAAUCCAUUAGCAGAUGGAUACACUGCUACCAUGAAGGGAUGCACCUGAUUGGCAGUGAUGUUCAGAUAUCCUGUGGCAUUCAAACGUUGCUCCACUUUUAUCAAGGGGCCCAAUGUGUGCCAUGAAAACACACCCCACACCAUCCCACCACCACCAUCAGCCUGCAAUGAUGGAUGCAUGUACUCAUGUGGCCUGGCACCUACUACCAUACCCCGUUCAAAGGCACUUAUUGUAAAUCUUUUGUCUUGUCCAUUUACCCUCUGAAUGGCACACAUACACAAUCCAUGUCUCAAUUGUGUCAAGGCUUAAAAAUCCUUCUUUAACCUGUUUCCCCUUCAUCUACACUGAUUGAAGUGGAUUUAACAGGUUACAUCAAUAAGGGAUCAUAGCUUUCACCUGGAUUCACCUUGUUAGUCUAUUUCAUGGAAAGAGCAGGUGUUCCUAAUGUUUUGUACACUCAGUGUAAAUAUGUAUAUGCAGGGGUGUAGUGCUGGUGGGUCACGGGGGAGUACCGCUCUCGCACUUCUCUUGGGCAGGGAGAGCACCGCUUCUGUACUUCAUGUGUAGAAUAUUGAACUGUUUUGUGAAUAACGUAGAGGUGAAGGGAACCUGUAUUAACGCUGUGCUAAGUGUCAGCGUUUUACAAUUAGAUGUAAUAAUUGGAACAGUUCUUAUUUUUAGACCCAUAUAUAAGACAUUACGUAGAUAAUAUAAGCUAAACAUUUAUUUAAAAGGUACAACUCAAUCGCAACAAACAAAUAAAGGGUACCUGUGGCCUUACACAUCUUUUUUUGCAAGCGGAUGCACUUCUGUUUCAAAACCCCAGUCUCAUUCGCUGUUAAGCGAUUGCAAUAGGACAGUCAGACGAGCUGAUUCUGAGACCAAACCACUCAAUAUAGGAGAAGGAGUGGGGGAGUGUUACGCAUAGGAUUAAUAAUAAUAAUAAUGACAGCGUUUUAAUCAUGGGUGUAUUAGUGUAUGAAACUGGUUGUGAAAAUAUGUACAUUUUUUGUUUAUUUAUUUAUCUUUAAUAUAAAUAGCUGUAUGUCUAGUUGCUUUACAAUAAUACCUCAAUAACCGAUUGUCUGAAUUUAUAAUCAAUUGGUACACUUAGCCCUUUCAAAUACCCUAACUACUAGUGAUAAACUGCGGUUCUGUUGAGUGUAUGUGAAAACGGGGAUUGCAGGCUGCGUGGUAGGGUUCAGAGCGGUGAUGGGGGGGUAGAUAACAGCGACCCCUCACUUCUAAAUAGCACUUCACCACUGUGUAUAUGUGUGUGUGUAUGUAUCAAUCAAUACACAUUACCCCUAGCUCUGUUAUUUUUUGUAAUGUUAUUGAAAACCCUGAAAUUUGAACAGAUUGUUACAUACACAAACAGGCAGUGCCAUUGUUUUGUAGGGAUGACGAAAUUUGACAUGACACCAGCAAUGCUUAAUGGCUGCAGCACUGAGAGUCCUGUGCCGAAUGGCUUGUGCUUGUAUGCUGGCACUGGGAGGCUUGCAGCACUGAGAUGUGCUGAGUGGUUGUUGCAGUAUCCUGACUGUCCUGGGAAGUUUACUUUCGGAUCAUAACAAUCAUCAUGCACAUUAUUUUCAGUUGUAGUUUCAAUUUAAAUUAUUUUGUAUUUGUUUAUUAAUUUUGGUCUUUUAAGAAGGCUAGGCAUUUCUUUCUCUGAGUGUCUCACGCAAGCAGCUUCCUGCUAAUGUUCAAUACCAAAUGCUCCACGCCCUCUACCUCCUGGGAAAGAUCCGUCCCUAGUCCUACUAUGUCAGAGGCAUCAGUCUGCAGGAUGAAAUGUGUGAAUCAGGCUCAAUUUACAUUUUCAUUUAUUUCAGUUUUAGGGCCAGUUUAAAAACCUGUCCUGUCGCAAAUGCACAGUAUGUCUCUUUUUAUUUGGGGGUUGGAAUUUUAGAAAACAAAGGCGUGUAAAGGUAAAUGUGUACAAUGCGGGAGGCUGAAGGAAAUUUAAAUGUGGACGUCUGCAGCCAGCAUGAACGGUUGAAGUCCAUAGUGUUUGUUUCUCUCGCUACAAAAAAAAAAGAAGUAAAGGACAGAAAAGUUAUUCCCUUUUUUGUUAAACUACGUUGUUUUGUGCUAUUGAAUGCAAUGCUACUAUUGGUCAGUAGAAGGAGUCUACGAACAGGUUAGGAGAAAAAAAAAAAAAACAACAACAUUGUUUUUGUUUUGCUAUAUAGAUAUAUAUCAUUUUGCUGCUAUUGUAUAUAUUAGCUACUGGAUUUCCUGGUAAACUAACAAAACCACUGACCCAUUAACCUCAGUGGAAGUUAUAGUAUGCACUUGAUAAUACUUUUGUACUUUACUGCCUGGGACUGAAGCUUUUUUAUGUCUGUGAUCCAUAAUGCAUCAUUUUGUGUUCUAUGUUACCACGGAUGUUUGAAUGUUAAU